AUGCCCAGACGAGGAAUACUGGUCGUAAAGGAUUCUGCCAAUGAUGCUAUGAGAGCACGGAAGAGAGACGUACCAGGACUCCUUGGAAUGAAUGUACUAUGUGAAAUGGGACAAGUGUUAGCUAAGUUCGAGGGAAAGGAAUUUUUAGGUAAAGUUGAUCCUGUAUGGUCACAGCCAAUCCAGGCUGCUAAACGUCGUGCGAAUAUUCAGUACGAGGUAUCGUUCGAGUUGCAGGAAAGCGUGCACUACGGAUCCCAGCUAGUUCGAUAACAACAAUACCUGACACUGGUUGGGGUGGUCAAGUGAAGUGCGAGAUGGCAAUGGUGGAACCAGUUGUUGGACAACAUUUGUCGCACCUAGUGGUACUCAACACCCUCGUGAGACCGUCAUCCCCCUUCUGUGUGAGAGUUGCAAAUCUAACCAAUGACAAUUUGUUGAUCCAGCCAAGGACAAGGAUAGGUGUUGUUCACGCAGUCAGCAACAUCGAAAGUGGUGUGGAAUUCAAGAGAGUGUCAGUCAACGAAGAAAUGAUUACGGUGCAAGAUAGCGAGAACACAUCAAUUCCAGACGUCGUGGACAAUACUGAAUGUCCUUGCAACGGACUUUUCCCAGAGCAGCGAGAAAAUCUGGACGCACUGUUGAACAAGCAUGCAUCCGUAUUUUCAAAGUCAGACGAUGACUUUGGCUACACGGAGACGGUUAAACACAAAAUUAGGACGGAGGAUGACAUCCCGGUUACGCAACCCUACAGACGAAUUCCCCCAAAUCAAUACCAAGAGGUGAAGGAACACAUUCAGAAAUUACUUGAUAGCUCAGUCAUUCGCGAAAGUCACAGCCCUUAUGCAUCUCCUAUUGUGUUAGUGAGAAAGAAGAACGGCUCCUUCGCCUGUGCGUUGAUUAUCGAAAGCUCAGCUUAA